AUGGCUACGAAGAACCCUUCCUUCAAGAUAAUUCUGGGAUCUUCCUCACAAGCUCGCAAACAGAUUCUCGCUGAAAUGGGAUACGAAUUCACAAUAAUGACUGCAGACAUUGAUGAGAAAAGUAUUAGAAGGGAAAAACCAGAAGAUUUGGUUGUCACAUUAGCUGAGGCUAAGGCUGAUGCUAUUGUGCAAAGGCUCCUUACUGAUGGUCCAUUGGAGGCAGAUGCUUCUACAACACUCUUAAUCACUGCAGACACUGUUGUGGUAUAUCGAGGAACAAUCAGGGAAAAACCGACUAGUGAAAAAGAAGCACGGGAGUUCGUCAAAGGAUAUUCCGGUAGUCAUGCAGCUGUGGUAGGAUCUGUUGUGGUGACUAAUCUUGUGACCGGAAAACGUUAUGGUGGGUGGGAGAGUGCAGAGGUUUAUUUCCUUGAAAUACCAGACGAGGUCAUUGAUAAUCUGAUUGAUGACGGAGUAACAUUCAACGUAGCUGGGGGUUUGAUGCUGGAACAUCCAUUGACGUUACCCUUUGUGGAUGCGGUGGUUGGAUCAGCUGAUACAGUGAUGGGACUUUCCAAAGCUCUUACAGAGAAACUCAUAAAGGAAGCUCUAUAG